UUCCCGCCCACUUUCGCAACAUGUCUUUGGCCGUGACACUCCAUCUCGUCUAUGCGUUCAACUCUUCGCACCAUGGCCUCGUAUGCGCGUCUUAUUCGCUUCGUUCCGAAGUCAGGCGGUGCGCCGCUCAUCGGUGAGCCUGUGGACGGUGCCAUGGAUGUCGGCAUCGCCAGUUACGAGGGCAAGCCCAUCGAGGUCAAUGUCUUCUCAGGCAACUCGGUACUGCAGCCCGGUGAGAAGACUGGCAAGAUGGCGACUGUGGAGCGCCUACUGUCGCCCCUCGCCCAGGCCGAGGUCGGCACGAUUCGCUGCAUUGGUCUCAACUACCGCUCGCACGCCGAAGAGGUCAGCAUGCCAGUGCCUUCCGUUCCAACUGUGUUCAUGAAGCCUGCACAGGCGCUCGCCGAUCCAUAUCCUGCACCCACUGUUAUUCCCCGUGCGUUUGUCAAGGACGACGCAGCCGACUAUGAGUCCGAGCUCGUUCUCGUGCUCGGAAAGGACGCCAAGAACGUAUCCGAGGCCGACGCGCUCGAAUACCUCGCCGGGUACACCGCGUGCAACGAUGUGUCGUCCCGUGUGCAACAGUUUGCGACUUCGCAGUGGACAUUCUCAAAGUCGUUCGACGGGGCAUGCCCAAUCGGUCCAGCAUUCGUGCCUAAGGAGGCCGUCAAAGAGUUUGGCAAACUGAGCAUCAAGGGCAUUCACAACGGCAAGGUCGUGCAAGAGAGCACCAUGGACGACCUCAUUUUCUCCGUUCCAAAGAUCAUUUCGUUCCUUUCCCAGGGCAGUACUCUGCCAGCUGGUACGAUCAUUAUCACCGGUACCCCCGCGGGUGUCGGAUGGACCAAGGAGCCGAAGAGCCUCUUGCGCGACGGGGACGAUUUCCGUGUCAACAUCAGCGGCGGGAUUGGCACCCUCAUCAACAAGAUUGUGGAGGAGAAAUAGACUAACUUAGAGGUAUGCAGUCGGUCUCAAGGGUACUGCAGGGGUCAGUCUGUAUCUAAUCACACACAGCAGCGUAUGUGGUCACGUCGCGCGCCGUGAACACCAAAGUGUUGGAAUCUAAAUCUUGAGCGCACUCCACACACUCAGCUCUGG